UCAAAAGCUCUCUUUCUAAUGACUCUACACCGCUUUUACCGUGGUUUUCGAGAGCGAACUAAAUGGAGGAGGGGCGUAAGGGAAUGUUUCUUCGCACUCGAUUGACGGUGCGUCUCAGUAGCGAUUGGGAAGUCAUCAAGGAUGUUGCAGCAUUAUCCGUUGUUGUUUUUAUGUGUGUUUAUCGGCUUUGGAGCCGUGAGUUCGGAUUCAUCCACAAGCUCAGAGUCGGAGUCGGAUCGAGAGGCGAAACUUUUGUCUCUCUUCCAAAUUGUCAGGUUCCCUAAUGAUCCCUGCAUCGGACAAGCCAGCAAGAAUGGAACUUGUUACACUGCUGAUGAGUGCACCUCCAAGGGUGGAACUAACUCUGGAACAUGCGCUCAAGGAUAUGGCGUUUGUUGCACUUUCACUGCCAGUUGUGGGGCCACAUCCAAUGAGAAUUGCACAUAUUUCGAGUCCACCGGAAGUGAAAUAGGUGCUUGCCGACUCAAGAUUUGCCCUUGUACAGACAAUAUUUGCCAGCUCCGUCUUGACUUCAACCAAUUCAUGAUCACCGGUCCGUCCACUUCAACGGUGAUUGUUUCCGCUGCCAAGGCUGGCGUGAUUGGAGCCCCAGGAGCCACCGUGCCCGUGACCACAGCCUCCCAAUGUCUCACGGAUUCCUUCUCCGUUCUCUCAUCCACCGGUCAAUCGCCUCCAACCAUUUGCGGACAGAACUCGGGCGAGCACAUGUAUGUGGACUCCACCGCAUCAUGUAACGAUCUGGUCUUUCAAUUGGGCGGAACUGGGCGGGGAACCGGUAUUGGACAACGUCAAUGGAGUAUCAAGAUCACCCAAUACAGUUGCGACUACCCCAAUUUGGCCCCGGAUGGUUGUACUCAAUACUAUUUUGGCUCUUCAGCCGACACUGUUCAGACCUACAAUUUUGCUGGAAGUCAGCAUUUGGCCAACCAGGACCAAAACAUCUGCAUCAGACGUGAACGAGGAAACUGUCGGAUUUGUUACACGACUGCGAUGGAAACUGAUUUUAGUGUCAGUUUUAGCAUGGCAGGAAGUGGUGGAAUGGCAAUUGCCAAGGCCUCCGAGUGUUGUGGAUAUGGCAAAGGGAUGGGUAAAAAUUUCGACUGCUUGAUCGUUCCCGGUGCCUUGGAUCCAUUGAUGAUGUCCAAGCAAGGCAAGUUUGACCAAUUUUGUGGACGGUCGGCCGGGUUAGUGGGAACCACGUCAACUGCAGCUGUCAUGAUGUCCCAAACCAUUUGCAGUGAUCGACAACCCUUCAACAUCCGAUUUCUGUCGGACGGAUUUGAAGCAGAUAUGGAAAUUGGGGCCGGAGUGAUGCCAGGCUUCAAGCUCACUUAUUUCCAAACCUCCAACGGCUGCAACGCUUAAUUAAGACACUGUCCGAGAAAAUGCAUCUCCAAUGGAUUGUCUUCCCAAUGAAUUCUAGCGCUCAACUUCCAUCUAGUCUCAUGCCAUUGAGUCCUUACCUUCUAUCUCAAAGGAUUCCUCAGAAAAAAAAUAACUUCAAUCCAUGGGAUUUAUUUGUCUAAUCCCAUUACCAUAGGUUACUCAAUUUAAUGCAUCCACUGACUUUAUUUAUGUUAAUAAAAUGUACCCUCGAUAAAAUGGAGUUUGAAUGUUUUGCGACGUGAUUGGACCAGAAAGGAAACUGUUCAUAAGGUUUUUUUCUUCUUUUUUUUGCGGCUUUCCCUACCGCUGCUGGGAUUCCAAUCCCAGCAGUUCAAGACGAGAAAUUUAUUCAUUUUACUUAAAAAUGACUUUAAAAAAAAGUUACAAAAAAUG